AUGGAAGAGGAUCCUCUUAAAGAGUUUAAGCAGAAGCUUGAAGUUCUCAGUAUCAAGCAUGCCGACAUUGCGGAGUUGACCGAUAUAGCAAGGGAACUAGUGCAAUUUGCCGACAGCAUUGUUGCAUGUGUAACUGAAAAGCUCAAGAGAACGGGAAGAGGCGAGCAGAAGCUCGCUCUUUUCUACUUUAUUGAUUCUGUGUGCAAAACCAGCAGGAAUCCAUUCGAUAUCCUCUUUGGGAACCAAAUAGAUCAUCUUUUCUGUUACACGUUUGCAAGUGUCGGCGACGUGCGUCUCCUGAAAGGAGGAGACACGUUGCGAGGGCGGUUGAUAGCCAUGAAGGAGUCCUGGCAUGGAAAUCAAAUGGAAGAGCCGCUAUUCGACCCUAGGAAGUUGUCUGCAAUCGACCAGUUUUUGGCUCGUACCCAGAACUUGUCCACGGUAUCAUAUCCAACAGCAGACGAGUUGAUGAUCAGCGGCAAAGCUAUUCUCGGUUCAGUCAUCAACUUGCUUGAGCAGCUUCAAGAGUUGGAAAAGCGAAAUUUGAACAAACAGGAAAGGGAGGUGCUUUGGAAGUUUCAGCGGGAACUAAACGAGUUAACUAGAACUUUGAACUCAUGCUUGAGCAGCAUAGAGGAAAGUCAAGAGAUCAAGCUCCAUCUUCCGGAGUUUUUUAUGCAACUAGAAGAGUGCCGCAAAGUGUUGAAUCUAAAACGAAGAGAGCAGAUGUUGUGGUUCAAUAAAGUCGAGCAGGAGCUCAAAGCUCGAACGAAAAGGGCCGACAUUGUUUCGUAUAGAAUCCAAAGGAGAAAAAUGAUGGAUUUGUAUAUCCAGAACAAUUUCGUUACUGUAAACCCACGACCGAGGGAGCAGUAUUUUCUGCUAUCGUAUGACCUAUCCGCUGAAAUCUCAAACUUUGGCAAGCCGAUAUCGAAAAAGAAUAAGCAACAACCUUGCAAAGAUGACGGCGCACCUUUUGUUGAUGGGAAAGAGCUGAGUCGGAAGCUGGUGCUGAAGCAGAAGCUGGAAACAGUUGAAGCGGAAGAAAAGACUACAACGAAAGGGGAUGGUGAGCAAACGGCCGAUCUUCUCGGGCUUUUUGGCGGCAUCAAGAGUUCGUUAUUUGGCAUAGGAGACCAGAAUCAAAAAGAACAUUUGAUUCCGGUCACCAUCGAGACUGCCACUGAGUCGAAAUCAAUGGUACCAACGAGUUGUACCGAUGACAGGUUGGUUGAAGAUGAGCAAGCUUCAAAAGAAGGAACUGGAGACAAAGAAAAAGCGGGACAUGAAGAGCUGGCGAAACUGACAAGAACGGAAGUCGACACUGAUGUUUGCAGACAGCUGGAUGUUGAUGAGUCUCUGGAUCAAAGCACGGGAGGUGACGGAGCCGGAGAUGUUGAUGACAAGGUUAACCCAAUAGCGGCUUCAGGGGGAGACAAUGUCGAAAAUGACCACCAGAGUCAUGAGGGCCUCGAAAAAGACACCCCGACAACUAACAGAGGAGACAAAAAACCUGCAGCUCGAAGAUAUCGGGAUCUCGUCAAGAUAAUGAACCAAUCGGCGAAUCAAAGUGGUGCAAACUCAGUCGAAACUCGAGGGGGCAAAAAUAGUACCCCCUUGGAAUUGGAUGCGAAGGAGCACAACAAUCACGAACAACCAGCUGGAGGAAAAAAAAUAGCAAAUGUGCAUCAAGUUGUUGUUCUUGAACCAGUGGCUAGCACACGCGAAGAUGAGGAAGAGCUUGACAGCGACAUAAACGCAGUACCCACGGCGCGUGCUCCUACACCUCCUGGAGUUACCCAUAGCAAGAAAUCAAGCCUGUCCUCCGACGAACCCAGUGCAUUGGAGAUUGGUGAUGGUGCUACUAUAAAGCCUAGCUUUGAUGAAAACUCUAGUCACGAUAGGAACAGCAAUUCCAAUGCAAAUACCGCUUCUACAAGUGCUGCGCUGGCCGCAGCUCCAGAGCCUGCGAAAUCAACCAAUGUUUCGCAGCCAAAAAACUUGAUCAAGAAAGCCCCUGUAGGUAGAUCUUGCUUAAAGAGGAAAAGAGGAAGCGGAGGAGCAGGAAAAGAUGACGGAAAGGAUAGAACAGUCAAAAGAGUAAGAUUCAGCCUUUAG